AUGAGCACCGCAGCGGUUCAAGACGCCCGGAAGCAGGCUGAGGCUCUGGACAAUGAGGACUCUAUCGCCUUCGUCCGUGAUGAGUUCAACAUUCCUACUAAGGCCCAAAUAGCGAGCUCCCGCUUGGCCGACUCUCACCCAGCCGCCUUGCCAGCGUCUGAGGACGAUGCCAAGUGCAUAUACCUCUGCGGCAAUUCGCUGGGUGUGCAGCCCAAGAGAACCGUCACCCGUCUCAAUCAGUAUCUUACCACAUGGGCCACUCAAGGAGUGCAGGGCCAUUUCAGGCCUCUUGAAGAGUCGCCUCUCCCGACGUGGCUUGACGCCGAUGCCAAAGCUGCAGAGCUUAUUGCGCCCGUCGUCGGAGCCAAUGUGUCCGAGGUGGCUGUCAUGCAGACCUUGACUGCCAACAUUCACCUCUUGAUGUCUGCUUUUUAUCGCCCCGAUAUCAAUGGUCGUCACAAGAUCAUUCUGGAGAACAAGGCUUUCCCUAGUGACCAUUUCGCGGUCGAAACCCAGAUUCGUCAUCAUGGCUUGUCAACUGAAAAGUCCAUGGUUCUGAUAGAGUCCUCCUCCAAGGACAACAUCAUCAGCACCGAAGAAGUCUUGUCCGUGAUUUCGGCUCAUGCUGACACCACAGCUCUCCUGCUGCUGCCUGGUAUCCAGUAUUACACGGGUCAGCUGCUUGACAUUCCCGCCAUCACAGCUUUUGCCCAUAAGCACGGCAUCUUCGUCAUCUGGGAUCUCGCCCACGCGGUAGGUAACGUACCACUAUACCUCCAUGACUGGGGAGUAGAUGCGGCGGCUUGGUGCAGCUACAAGUACCUCAACGGCGGGCCUGGAUGUAUCGGCGGUCUCUUUGUUCACACCAACAACAGCGUCGUAGCCAAGGAGAUCACGGAUGAGAAACCGGAGGAGGGCUACAAUAACCGCCUUGCGGGCUGGUGGGGCAAUGACAAGAAGACGAGAUUUGUCAUGGCCAACAAAUUCCACCCCGUGGCGGGCGCGGCUGGCUUCCAGUUGAGCAACCCCAGCAUUCUAGAUAUCACCAGCCUGAGCGCUUCCCUGGAGAUCUUUCAGGAGGCUGGCGGCAUGGAAGCGCUGAGGAGCAAAUCCCUCAAGCUGACCAACUUCCUUGAAGCUACUCUCGGUCACAUGAAGGAGGAAGACCGCGCUCACUUCCGUAUCAUUACCCCUUCCAAGUCAGAGGAAAGAGGCGCCCAGCUGAGUCUCAUGCUCUCCGACGGGCUCCUAGAUACCGUCAUGAAGGAGCUCGAGGCGCGCGGGGUUAUCGUUGACGAGCGGAAGCCCAACGUCAUCCGGGUCGCACCGGCCCCGUUGUAUAACACAUUCAAGGACUGCGUACUGUUCGUAGAAGCCUUCUCAGCAGCACUGGAGGUGGCCAAGCAGCACGCACUUUAAGUGACUAGACCAUUGCUUUCGUGUAUAUAAAGUCACAUGCUCCGUUAUGUUU